GUGACAAGUCGAUUUCCUCCUCCCUGGGAGCCGCUCGGUACAAAGCGCUCGGCGCCGGCAGGAGAACGUGCGCACGGCAGGCGAGGGCGGGCAGCCGGGACGACUUGGCGAGCGCUAGCAGUGACGGCCCCCGUCCGGCGCGCACAGUUGUUGACUACUUUUGGACAUUCCUGGAGGACCUUGUCCCCAGACUGAGCAAUUGAUGGGAAGCUGUUUCUGAUGACAUCACUCCCUGGAAUGCUUGAGUGUUACUAUUAAUCAAGUCUGCCCACCUGAAGAUGGCCUGUCCCCACCCUAGGAUGCAGCCCAGUGCCUGAGGUCCUUACCAUGGUGAUGAUCCUAAGGAGAAGCCUCAUUAUCCAGGGAGCUGACUCCAUAACACACAGGACCUUCAUCCCUGAACUGCACACGCCAAAGAAGAUGAGUCAAGGACCUACCCUUCUGUCCUGUGGAAUUAUGGAAAAUGACAGAUGGAGAGACCUGGACAGAAAAUGCCCUCUUCAGAUUGACCAACCAAGUGCCAGCAUCUGGGAGUGUCUGCCUGAAAAGUGUCAGGGUAGCUCCCUGUGGCACCCGGAGGCGGUGACCGCCUGUGCAGUGACCAGCCUAAUCAAAGACCUCAGCAUCAGUGACCACAACGGGAACCCUUCAGCUCCCCCCAGCAAACGCCAGUGCCGGUCACUAUCCUUCUCUGAUGAGAUGUCCAGCUGCCGGACGUCAUGGCGGCCCUUGGGGUCCAAAGUCUGGACUCCUGUGGAGAAGAGACGAUGCUACAGUGGGGGCAGCGUCCAGCGCUACUCCAAUGGUGUCAGCCCCAUGCAGCGGAGCUCCAGCUUCAGCCUCCCUGCUCGGGCCAAUGGGCUCUCCUCACCCUGCCACCAGCGCUUUGGGGGACAGCCCUGCCAAGAAUCACCAGGUUCAGCCCCCUGUGGACAGGUGGGCGAUGCCUGGAGCCCCGACCCACACCCUGUGGGAGGGGGCCGGCUGGACCUGCAGCGGUCCCUCUCUUGCUCACAUGAGCAGUUUUCCUUCCCAGAAUACUGUCCACCCUCAGCCAACAGCACACCUGCCUCAACGCCAGAGCUGGCAAGACGUUCCAGUGGGCUUGCCCGCAGCCGCUCCCAGCCAUGUGUCCUUAAUGACAAGAAGAUUGGUGUGAAACGGCGGCGUCCUGACGAAGUGCAAGAGCAAAGGCCUUCUCUAGACCUUGCCAAGAUGGCACAGAACUGUCAGACCUUCAGCAGCCUCAGUUGCCUGAGCAUGGGGGUGGAAGACCACAGCUCUCAGAGCCCCCUUGCCCUUGUCAGCAAUACCCGAUCCUGGACCGCAUUGCUGUCAGCCUCCAACCCAGGGGGCAGGACCCCUGCCGGGACCCCCGUUCCAGAGCCUGUUCCCCACUCCUUUGAUGAUCACAUCCCCUGCCAGGAGGACCUAUCCUGCGAGGAGUCGGAUGGCUGCAGUCUGGAUGAGGGUUGCUGCAGGAAGGGGGAGCUGGCCACAGCCUGGCAGGACCUUGGAGCCUGCACGAACAGCCUCUGCUCUCUGGACGGCGAGCUGGACAUUGAGCAGAUAGAGAACAACUGAGGCGGCUGUGGACCGAGGCCUGUGGCAGAGGCUUUGCCAUGGAUGGGCCUUCCUCCAGGCCUUAGGUGGUCACUCCAAGGGGGACCCUAGCUCCUGGGCCUGGGGAAAAAGCUCCCAAAAGGGAGCCCACCCGCUUCCCAGGGAGCAGCUGUCACCCUGUAGUGCCCAAAUUUGUGAAGGCAACUUGGCCACACCUCACAGGCAACAGCUGGCCUCCUGCCAGUUCCAUGGAACUACUGUAGCCCAAGAACAGGCUUUUGGUUUGGUCUCCUCUUUGUUCCUCAUCGAGUGCUGGGUAGCCAUUCUCCAGUAGGGCUGGGCCAGCCGCAUCCCUCAAGCAGGGUGCCAGGUGGCUGAGCCUGCUGUGGCCUCGCUCAGGUUCUAUCUGGGGAGUUGCCCAAAGCCUCCUUUUACUUAGUUUACUCCGUGCCUUCUCUCCCGGGUCUCCCUGCCCCAGGCUCAGGAAGGUUCGGGAGAUGCCUCCUGUAGUGACACCAGACCGUGUGGCCUUAAUCCAUUUGGGGCACUGUGCAGGGAUUCUGGGGAUAAUCCGUGUCCCAUUUUUCCAGGCCAGGGAUAGGUCAGGGAUGACCAGAAGCCAUCCAUACUAGGCAUUUGGUAGUUGUGUUGACUGAAAAGUGGGCCCAUGAGUUCUCCCGUGGCACCAAGAAUCACCCAUACCGCUGCCAGAACAGGGGCUGCCUUGGCAAGGCUGGUACUGGCAGCCUUCCUACUCUCCCCAGUCCCUGAGGGCUGAGUUCAGUGGAUUCUGCUGAGUGUAGAGAUGUCAGUGACAAGAUGACCUUCAUAGUGUCCUCAGGAACUACUAGCAGGUGCAGGAGAUUUGGUCCUGUGUACAUUCCUGGGCAGAGGGAUGCCUGCUGCCUGCUUUGCAGGCUGGCUACUUUGUAGGCAUCCCUCUGUAGCAACCUAGGCUGGGGGCCUUCGAGUCUCCACAGCAUUCCUAGCACAUUUUUGCUUGUUCACAGACACUGCUGGCUUUAAUGAAAGUGUACUACCGUCAGCUUCAAGACACCCCCUCCCCCCAGUCCACUGAUGUGAGCCUUAGCGGCCCAGCCACAGCAUGGGCUUGAAUCAUAAUCCCCCUUGCUGCUCCUCACUCCCAGCAUAGUUCCCAGAGUGCAUCGGUUGAGGCAGCUCCCAGAGUCUUUCCUGCAGACAUGCUUCAGGGUUCUGCACUCUGAGACUCUGGCUUCUAGCAAACUUGGCAUCUGCUGCAGACAAUAGCAAGUGGGCUGGCUUAUACAAGUGGCUUGUUUUCCCAUACGGCUAAAAAUAACUGGUGCAUUCUCUUGAGUUCAUGGACAUGUGAUGUAGGCACUUUUGUAGUUACUCUGCUGUGCCUACCCUCUGAGGUUCCAUCCUCCACUGGUUGAGACCAAAUGGCUAUCUUUCUCCUAAAGAAAGACCUUGAUGGGAACCUUUUGUCUAAACUUUAACUUGUCAGUCAAUCAGAAGGAAGGCUCAAGUUCUGAUGUGUAGGCAAUGUUUCUUUAAAAUCAGACCCAGGUUGGGCAGUAUGGUCGGUACAUGUGAAGGUGGGACACCACUGGGACUUGGAGGCACUGGAAAGCCAAAGUAGAAAGCUGGUGAAGGCAUGGCAUGUGAGCCCUGCCUGGUGGGUCACGGAGGCCAUACUUUCUCUGAGCAAACCUGGAGGAAGGUAGUUGAGUGUGGGAAGCAAAUACCAGUGCCCUGAAAACCCACAGUGAGAGGCUCUGGAUCUGGAGUAGCCUCACAAGUCCCUAAAGCCACCCCUCACGAGGGAUGCAGAAUCUGGGCCCUGUCCCCUGGCCCAUUUCACACAGCCUGCUAAGGCCAAAGGGUAGGUUAGUUGCCAGCUGCCUCUCCUGUGGACUGUGACCAGAAACUCCUGGUGGAGGGUGUGUCAUAAGGCUGUUGUAAUGGAUGACUUGUCUUUAGACUGUCUUCCUUCAGCCUGAUGGCUAAAGGGCAACUUCAUCCUUCCUCCCUCUAGGGCGUCAUUCCCUGGGGUAGGGACUGGCCCUUUCCAGCUUCCUCAGGCCCCUCUGGACUGCCCUUGUCCCACUAAGGCCUCAGUCCAAGUCCUCAGCAUGGUAGCCAGGGAAGAUGGCAGGAGCCUUUGUGCUCCUCUUCGUUUGCUUUCUGACAUUGUUUUAACUGAACAAAGUAGGUCUUACCUAGAAGGUGCCCAUUCGUCCUUCAGCAGCCAUGCUACCCAGACAGACUCAUUCACUGGCCCCAACACCUCUGGUCUUGGAUCUCUUGGAGGAAGGUUCCCCUGGGAGGUUCCCUCUGGCUCCUACAUGCUUGGUGCCACAGGCAGCAAUCAGACCGGUUCACCGCCCCCCCCCCCAGCACUGUGGCUUCAGCAAUCGCUGGCUUCAAUAUGGGCAACAUUAAAGGCCUUACUUUCCUCAUCCUGCCUGUGAGUGUCAUCCCCCAAAGAAGCUGAGCAUGUACUUGGCUACCCACUUGCCUAGGGAGCCCAAAGGUCUAGAGCAAGGCUGUGGUGCGGCUCCACCAGAGCCAACUAGGGGAGAGGGCCAGCCAUCUAUCACAUCUAUCGCUCCAAAAGCCACUGAACUGACAGAGUUGCUCUCUGCAGGUACCUGACCUGAGUUCAGGGUAGUAGCCUAGACAGUUUACAUGACUGCCCACGCUUGCCUUACUCAUGGGUGGUGGAGGUCGGCACCCAUGGGCUUCCUCAUGCACAGUCCCAAGAACUUGUUCUGCCCACACAUGCAGCGGUUUGUUCUCAGAAAGCCUUACUUUAUUUUUUUUAUUUUAUUUUAUUUUUAUUAUUAUUAUUUUUUUUGGUAGCAGGAGAGUUUUCUAAAUUUGUAUGCAGAAAGAAAAGUUAAAUAAAAGAAAGGUCCAUAUUAAACAGGAACACCCCCCCCCCUCAAUUCCCAGAUGGGUCGCCUAUGCAGACAGAUGGCAUUCUUUAUCUUGGGCUCAUUCAAGGUUCACAGCAGUAAGAACUCACCCCUGGAUCCUACACCCCAUUUCCACUCAUGUGGUUAAAGUUACUUGAAUGGUGGCCACUUAAAAUGUAAGCCAGGUGCCAGGGCUCAGGGACCCUCUGCCCAUGCAGCCCACGAUGCUGCCCCUUGCCACAUCCAUGCUGCUGGUCAGACCCCUCCCCUUGGUGCCAGGCCCCUUAAGGAGGAAGAGAAAGAUAUUUUAAAAUUGCAGACUGAUGAAGCUCCUGUAGCCUAGGUAGGAUAGCCUGACCUCCUAGCAUAGUCUCAUUGGCAAAUGAAUUGCAUUGUCAGUGCAGGGGGGAUUGCCCAGGGGUCAGAGACAGAUGGGCGGGCAGGCUGUGCUAGGACCAUGUGUGCUGUCCCAGCCAGGUGGCGGUGGUGGUACUAUUUCAGGUAGUAUGGUGACUGGUGUGGUGAGUCAGCGGCCCCCACCAGAGCAGCAGUCCUUGGCAGCCUGUGCGGGGGUCUUUUCACAAGCCCCUCCAUGCACCGCUGCCUGCCUUCCCUCCCACACAGGCUCUAGUCUCAGGAAUUUGCUUGUUACUUUUACUGUGUAAAUAAAGCUUCCUGGUCCAACCCCCA